AUGCCUCAAAGAAAAUCCCAGAGAACGGAGACUUUUGGGGAUCUAAACCCAUGGGCCGAGCCAGCAUGGUAUAACGUUCUUUCAUCGCCAUAUUACAAUGAUAGCCACCGGAAACUACGGCGAUUUGUGCGAGACUACAUGAAUGAGAAUGUAUUAGACUUCGCAGAGGAGUGGGAGGAGAAGGGGGAGGUUCCGCGAGAGGAAACUAUCAAGUUCGCCCGAGCAGGCCUAGCAUUCCAGAACAUCCCCGCGAAGUAUCGUCCUGGUGUUAGCCUUCCCGCAGGGAUAUCAGAAGAAGAUUGGGAUCCCUUCCAUGAUCUGGUGCUUCAAGAUGAGCGAGCACGGGUAGAAAGUGGAGUGCUAGCUGGUCUUUCUACUGCUUCUGGUAUCGGAGCCCCUCCAAUCGUGAAAUUCGGAACGGAGAAGCAGAAAGAUGCAUGGUUGCCUGGUGUCUUCACUGGCCAGACGGUGUUUUGCCUUGGGGCUACAGAGCCUACUGGCGGAUCUGAUUUGGCCAACUUGAAGACGACGGCGGUGAAGUCAGAAUGCGGCAAGUACUAUAUCGUCAACGGCUAUAAGAAAUGGAUCACCGGUGUUAUGACGAGCACGCAUAUGACAACAGCAGUCCGGACAGGUGGUCCAGGAGCCGCUGGCGUCUCUGUGCUUGUUAUACCAACGAACUCAUCGGGAUUCUCCACAAAGAAGAUCAAAAAUACGGGAGCAAAUGCCGGAGGGAGCGCCUGGGUAACUUUGGAAAACGUUCAAGUCCCUGUGGAGAAUCUUAUUGGGACAGAAAACCGAGGAUUUCAGGUUCUAAUGUCCAACUUCAACAAGGAGCGCUUUUCGAUCGCCGUCACAAUGAACCGAAAGACUCGAACGUGCCUCAGCGUUGCGUUCGCAUAUGCCCACGAACGGGUUACGUUUGGUCAACCGUUGAUUGCAAACCAAGUGAUACGCGCCAAAUUUGCAAACAUUGCAAAAGACGUCGAAUCGCAUUGGGCAUGGCUCGAGCAGCUCGCGUACCAUGUGAAGGUCAAUGGAUGGACGGACGACCUGGCGAGUAGACUUGCGUUGGCAAAGGUCCAGGGCGGGCGGAUGCUGGAGCUUGCUAACCGCGAGGCGCAACAGGUGUUGGGUGGUGCUGGAUACCAGCAGGGCGGUGUUGGUAGCAGUGUGGAACAGAUUGGUAGAGACUUGCGUAUGCUCGUCGUCGGAGGCGGGAGCGAGGAGAUCAUCUCUGAUCUAGCUGUCAGGCAAGAGCUGAACUUGUCGAGACGAAUUGGGGCUAAGAUAUAG